CUUUGAUAUUUUCUUGGUUACAAGCUGACAAAAAUAACAAAUAAGAAAAUGCGAGGAAAUUUAACCUGUCUCUGAAGCAUGAAGAAGGAGUCUCUGUAAAAUCCUCCCACACGGUUACACGUCCACGGCUAUUAAUCCCACUUAUUCCAUUUCUCUUUAGAAUCAAUGAAAUGUCAGAUUCUUCAAACACCCUCCCAAAGUUUGAUGUUUUUCUGAGCUUCAGAGGACUCGACACUCGCCGCAGCUUCAUCAGUUUCCUCUACAAAGAACUGAUUCGAAGAAACAUUCGAACCUUUAAAGACGAUAAGGAGUUGAAGAAUGGCCGGAGGAUUACGCCGGAGCUAAUACGCGCCAUUGAAGGGUCGAGAUUCGCAGUCGUUGUGGUCUCCGUGAAUUACGCUGCGUCUCGUUGGUGUCUCGAAGAGCUCGUGAAGAUUAUGGAUUUCGAAAACAUGGGCUCGCUCAAGGUCAUGCCUAUCUUCUACGGCGUGGAUCCGUGUCAUGUGAGGAGACAGAUCGGAGAAGUCGCUGAACAGUUUAAGAAGCAUGAGGGUAGAGAAGAUCAUGAGAAAGUGCUUUCAUGGAGGCAAGCGUUGACUAAUUUGGCGAGUAUCUCCGGCGAUUGUUCAUGGAAAUGGGAAGAUGACUCGAAGAUGGUCGAAGAAAUUACUGACAGGAUAUCAAAAGAGCUGAUGAUUGAUACAACAAGAAGCAAUGGGAGUGACCUUGAAGGGAUUGAUGCACACAUGAAAGCUCUUCACCGUUUAUUGAAUUUAAAUUCUAAGAAAAGUGUGAGAGUGAUUGGGAUUUGGGCAAGAGGAGGCAAUGGUAGAUCAGCUUUAGCUAAAUUUGUUUAUCAGAACAUCUGUCAACACUUCGAAAGCCAUUGUUUCUUGGAAAGUGUGAAAAGGAUUUCUCAGGAUCGCCACCUGUCUCACUUACACGAAGAGUUUAUGAUACGGAUUCAAGGAGAAUGCUUGAGUAAAUUAAGGCUCAAGAACCAAAAGGUUCUGCUCGUGGCUGAUGAUGUGAAUAAGCUUGAACAGUUAGAUGCUCUUGCAGAGGACUUUAACUGCUUUGGUCCUGGGAGUAUAGUUAUUAUCACUACACAAGACAGGCAGCUGCUUAUCUCUGCUGGCAUAAAACUUGUUUAUGAAGUAGAGCUUCUCAGAUUCCAGAAAGUUCGUGGACUCUUCAGACAAUUAGCCUUCAAAGAGAAAGACAUUUCUGCUGCGUUCGAGGUGUCUUUGUAUAGGGCAACGAAUGUUGCCAUGGAAUGGUUAGGUUGUAUAUGUGGUAGAUCAGGUUAGGGGAAAGUGUUAGUGUUAGAAUCACUUUAUAAAGCUGAUCCCUUUUUUCAUGUACAUUAAGUUAAGAAUGACUAAACUUAGUAAGAUGUGAUUGUGGCUUAGAAGUAGGAAUGUUUUGUCUAUUUUUGGAGUGUGUUGCUGGUGUAUAGAAGAAUAUUAUUCUUUGAUUGGAUUAAAUGAUAU